AUGCCCGAGGACGCGCAAGCUACGCCAGUGCUACCCAUCUGCACCGUGCAACACGACUUCAAUGUCGUCGUGAAAGAUGUUAUCGAUGGGCUCGUCCCCGAAGAUACUUUCUGGGUGUCCUGCUACAAAUUCGGCGAACCAUCUGUGCACGGCAAGGCCGUAGCGGCUUUGGACGAACACAACCGCAACUUAGUGCUCUAUCAAGGGCGGGAUGGGGUGGAUUUCAAGGCCACUGAGGAUUCUUCGUAUGCCAUCGCUUGCCCGACUCUGGGGAUCGGCGAAACACGCAUAGCGGUACCACGCAUCGUCUACCCAUCUCCAUCGGAUAUACGAAAGCAGAGCCAAAUAACCGCUUUUGAUGUUGCGCCAGACGGGUCCCAAUUCGCGACAGGCUACCACGAUGGAUCGGUAUACAUACGCUCAACAACCUCAUCUACGGCUCCACCUACUGCUUUCAGCAAAUCUCAUCUCAGCACUGUCACCUCGAUACGCUUCUUCCCCUCGUCGCGGGUCAUCCUCUCUGCCGGUGCAGACUUCUCGCUUUCCAUCUUGUCCGCAGACCCUCCAGAGUCUUCAUCGUACACAACCGUCAAGGCCACCCCAGCGCGGACGCUACGCGGUCAUACGCGGGCCAUCACCUCCACCGCCAUAAUCGCACGUGGGCGCAACGUCCUGUCAGGUUCGAAGGACGGAACGGUCCGUCUUUGGGAUAUCCCCUCGAGCUCACAAAUCCGCACACUCGCCGCGGGAUCGAGUCAUUUUGUGCCCGUGCUUGCGAUCAGCUCUGGGGAGCGGUGGCGGGACGCGGCGCUUGAGAGCACUGCUGACGACGUCGAUUCGCGAGAAGUAGAAACGUCUGACAAGGUGGUGUUCUGCGGCCUGCAAGACGGCUCGUUUGAGCUCUUCGACCUGCGCACCAAGUUCCCAGUCUUCCGGUCUCCAGCCGGAGCCUCUGGCGCACGAUCGGCUCUGCAAGCACUCGCAUACAGCCCCGAGCGCAGCCUGUUGGCGACAGGAUCUGCUGCCGGACUGACUUCAGUGUACGACGUCCGCACGCUCGGAGAAGGGCCGGUGACGACAUUCCGCCGUAAUGAAGCUCCCAUCGAGGAUAUUGUCUUUGUGGACCCGCCAGCGCACGCGAGCCGAGACGAAAGCACACCCCCGCUUGGCGGCCUCGCGAUUGCUACCGAGGACGGGCUGCCGUAUGUUGCCAACAUACAGCGGUCCAGAGCCGAUGUCCGCGCGGAGCUUGUUGGGACGGACUGCGACGCCGUGAGGCUUGUGCGCGCAGCGGGCCGCCACGUUUGGACUGCGGCGGAUGAUGGCGUGGUUCGCAGGUAUGUUUUGUAGCGUGAAUGACUUAUGCAUGUAUGUCAACAACAAUGGGAUUUCGAGCCUGAUGGUUCGUAC